AGGAUCUCUGGGGUUCCGUAGGACGAUGAGAGCCGCUUCUCCUCGUCGGAAUGGCGGCGGUGAGUGACCCGGAAACAGCGCAGAAACAAACAGAAGAAAUUGAAGUUCUUUCAGCUAUAUAUGGUGAUGAAUGGUGCACUGUUGAUGAAGAUGAGAAAAUUUUUUGCAUUAAGAUCAGUGAUUGCUCAGCACAGCCAAAGUGGACUCUCAAUUUACAGGUGAUUCUGCCGCCUGAAUAUCCAACAUCAGCACCACCUAUUUAUCAACUUAAUGCUCCUUGGCUUCUACGAAAGGAAUAUGCAGAACUGGCAAAUCAUCUGGAAGAAAUCUAUGUACAGAACCUUGGCGAGAGCAUCCUUUAUUUGUGGGUGGAGAAGAUACGUGAAGUUUUGAUAGAAAAAUCCCAGUCAUCUGAAUCAGUAGGGCCAGAUAAUAAAAAAAUUACAGAAGAAACAGAUGUGGACUACGAAGAAGAAUUUUCACUGGAAUAUCAACCUCUUCCAGAUUGUACAACUGUAUUGUUGAAUUUCGAUCUGUCUGAAAAAAUAGCAGAUGACAAGUUACCUCCAGUUUAUCAUGGAACCCCAAUUACAGAUCGAAGGAGCACAUUCCAGGCACAUUUAGCACCUGUUGUGUGCCUCAAACAGGUGAAAACUAUUCUUGCUGAAUUGUACAAAAAUAAGAAAAUAGCCAGUGCUACUCACAACAUAUAUGCUUACAGGAUAUACUGUGAAGACAAGCAGACUUUUUUACAGGAUUGCGAAGAUGAUGGUGAAACAGCAGCAGGGGGUCGUCUUCUCCAUCUCAUGCAGAUCCUGAAUGUCCACAAUGUUUUGGUAGUGGUGUCCCGCUGGUAUGGUGGUAUCCUUCUAGGACCAGAUCGUUUCAAACACAUCAACAAUUGUGCCAGAAAUAUACUUGUGGAGCAGAAUUACAUGAAUUUAUCUGAAAAUUCAUCUAAGCAUCUGAGAAAGAACAAAAGAAUAAGAAAAGACAAGAAGAAAGCAGAACAUUGAUUUAUUUUGCAGAAUUGCAUAGCAGUGUUUCAUCUUUUGACUGUAUGUUGACAAUUAACCACUCAGUUACCCUAUAUGACUUUUAAUAUUCUAAACUCUUUAUCCCAAAAGUGUGGAAACACUUUGCAAUAAUAAGAAAAUAUUCUUCUUAGUAAAAAAACUCAACAGCAGCAGAUCCAGAAAACACCUUCAGUUUGUUCACUGUCUUAGCCGCUCAGGAAUCAAGGUCUUUCAAUAUAAAAGCUUCCCUGUGGAUUUAGCCUUUGAUUUGUUAAAAAACAAUAAAUGAGAAAGGCAGUUUCA